AACUAUAUAAAACAACUCGCCAAAGAUUAUGCUGCUGCCACUCGAGAUACCGGCAAAUCUAUCCGUGACAAUCCAUUGCGUUCCGUGGCCUGGGGAUCUGCGAUCACGACCGUCUCUCUCGUGUACGCUUUCUGCCCCACCGAAGAACAGUAUCACUCAGCCUUGGUCGAUUCCGGUCUCGAUCUGUGGGAAGUCCCCAUGUUGUUGCGCAAUCCGCGAAGCGUUGACCACGUCCUGGAUCGCUUCGAUGUCUGGUCCCGUGGUCGUCUACGCGUCAGUGAAAUGGGUCUGUUCGCUGUGGUGUGGCGCGAUGAUAGCACUCAGGAAUGCAUGCUCUAUUCCGAAUCGUGCCCUUACGUCUUUCCAUCAAAUGGUGGAGGUCAGUUCACGAGCCUCGUUCGCCUGUUCUUGUUUGAUCGACCGAAUGAAACUGGCUUGGCUCGAUUGUCUAAUAUCAUUUCUGAUCGGAUUCUCGACAUUGGAUUUCUUGGACGCUGGUGGUUCAUGCACCAAAGUAUGCAAGACUAUGACAUCAAUCCCAAUGAAUGUCUUGUGCGGCGCGCUGCAGACGAUCCUGUCGAUCCAGUGAACCCAUCCGUUCCCGGGGAGAAAAUCAUAUCCGAAUCAGGCACAAAGACCCCGUGUGAAGUAAAUCCUCCCAAAUCACACAAGGAUCCGGCCGGUUCAACGUCUGUACACAGCUCUGCAAACGACCAGGAUGAUGAAAAUGAAUGGGAGGUUAUGGACGAGGAGUUGGUUUUUGUCGACUGUCGGGGUGUGAUCGAACCGGACGUUUUGAUUCCUCACAAUCCAGUCAGCCUUGUUGACCUGGAUUCCAAUCAUCCACUUGUACAGGUUGGUCCUGCUGUGUUCGAGGGUCAUUACGAGAACGUAAUCGGCACACUAAUGUUCAUCAACUCGGCGAGCACUCUAUCCGGACCACAGGCUUCUUACCAAACGGACGGAGGUACUGAACAAAGUGAGACGAAUAUAGCUUUGGAUCGACCAUCUUGCACUCGAUACCCAGCACCCACAUUGUCUGUACUGAAAUGUACCAAAACUCUGGUAUUAGAUCGGAUAUUUCUCAAACCGAAACAGAUGGAAAUGGAAAAUACUAUGCUCCCAACGGAUCAGACCCCAAAAUUGACCGAACAUAGCUACGAAUCUGUUUCACCACCGACGUCGCCCUCAUCUCCACCGCCCCCCGAUUCAUCGUGA